CCUGUGCGCAGGCGCUUUUGCGCCCGUCGGCCUGUCGGCGGCGGCAACAAAUAUCCCUACGCUAGGUGUACCGCUUGCCUGCAGUGCUGUCUGCCUCUUCGAGUCCCCGCCCCGGCGAGCCCAGGUACCUUCUCCAAAAGGGGCAGCAGAGGGAGAAAUGGCCACAAGGUUGCUGCCAGCCCAGGCUCUGGAGUCAGUGACAUUCAGGGAUGUGGCCGUGUUCUUCAGCCAGGACGAGUGGCUGUGCCUGGACUCAGCGCAGAGAACCUUGUACCGGGAGGUGAUGCUGGAGAACUACAGCACCCUGUUCUCGCUGGGGAUUCUGUUUUCCAAACCAAAGGUUAUCUUCCAAUUAGAGCAAGGGGAAGACCCCUGGAUGGUGGAAAAUGAAGUUUCUCAAAGCACGUGUCUAGGAUGGGAGAGCUUGUUUGAAACCACAGUGUCUGAAGAAGAAAAUAAGGAAGUAAUGAAUAAACUCAUAGGUGAUGGACCUUUUGACUUCAAAUUGGGAAAAAUCUACAUAAAUGAAGACAAACCAGAGAAUCAGCAAGGCAAGAAGAACAGACUUUUCAGGGAAGUCUUAGUUACCAUCAAGAAAACUUGUUUGGAGGAGAAAAGCUUUACAGAUAUUGAACUUGGGAAAAGUAUUGAUCUAAAAUCAUCAUUUAUUAGAAAAUCCAGAAUUGUUUCCAGAGGAAGGAAGCCCCGUUCACAGCAGUAUUCAAUUCUUUUUAAACAACUGGGAAUCAACAUGGUGCGUAAAUGUUACAGGUGUAAUAUCUGUGGGAAAAUCUUCCUCCACAGUUCUUCCCUGAGUAAACAUCAGAGAAUCCAUACAGGAGAGAAGCUCUAUAAAUGUAAGGAAUGUAGGAAAGCUUUCAGCCAAAGCUCAUCUCUAACUCAGCACCUGAGAGUUCAUACUGGGGAAAAGCCUUAUAUUUGUAGUGAAUGUGGAAAAGCCUUCAGUUUCACUACAUCUCUCAUUGGACAUCAGAGAAUGCAUACUGGAGAGAGACCCUAUAAAUGUAAUGAAUGUGGGAAAACAUUUAAAGGUAGUUCAUCCCUUAAUAAUCACCAGCGAAUUCAUACUGGAGAAAAGCCCUAUAAGUGUAAUGAAUGUGGGAGAGCCUUUAGCCAGUGCUCAUCUCUUAUUCAGCAUCAUAGAAUUCAUACUGGAGAGAAACCAUAUGAAUGUAGUCAGUGUGGGAAAGCCUUUACUUCAAUAUCACGGCUAAGUAGACACCAUAGAAUUCAUACUGGAGAGAAACCCUUUAACUGUAAUGAGUGUGGAAAAGUAUUCAGUUACCACUCAGCCCUUAUUAUACAUCAGAGAAUUCAUACUGGUGAGAAACCCUAUGCCUGUAAAGAAUGUGGAAAAGCUUUCAGCCAAAGCUCAGCUCUUAUACAACAUCAAAGAAUUCACACUGGAGAAAAACCGUACAAAUGUAAUGAAUGUGGGAAAGCUUUCUCCUGGAUUUCACGGCUUAAUAUACACAACAGAAUCCAUACUGGAGAGAAACCAUAUAAUUGUAAGGAAUGUGGAAAAGCCUUCAGUUCCCACUCAGCAGUUAAUACUCAUCGAAAAAUUCAUACUGGAGAGAAACCUUAUAAAUGUAGUAACUGUGAAAAAGCCUUCAACCAAAGCUCAGCUCUAAUUCAGCACCAGAGAAUUCAUACUGGAGAGAAACCAUAUAACUGUAAGGUAUGUGGGAAAGCCUUUAGACAAAGUUCGUCCCUUAUGACACAUAUGAGAAUUCAUACAGGAGAAAAGCCUUAUAAAUGUAAAGAAUGUGGGAAAGCUUUUAGUCAGAGCUCAUCCCUUACAAAUCAUCAGAGGACUCAUACUGGAGAAAGCUAUAAGUAAAAUGCGUGUGGAAAAAUCUUCCAGCUGAACGCUGCCUCACAAAGGCAGCCAGGCACCGGGAGCGCUCGCGAUAGUUUCGCCUCUCGGAAGUGGUUGCGCCGCGAUGCCUCUUGGGAGUGUAUAAGCGUCCUUCCUGGGACCGAGAAGCUUCUAGUUGCCUCUUCCUGGAGUGAUCGGAGCCAGCGCCGUCUGGGCGGGGCGGUGUGCGGGGACCGGAGGGGCUGCUUGCGGGCACCGGGGAGACCUCGCGGGCCAGUGUGUCGGGAGGCGGUCCGCGCGGCCUGGGCGGUGGUGCUCGGCGGGGUGUCGCUGGUACCCGGGAGAGAUUCGCGGGGAAUGAGCGCCCCGGCCAGACCUACCUUGUCAAGUUCUCUGCUCUCCCUUGACAAGAAAAGAAAGAAGGAAAGAAUGGCUGUGGAUUUGCUGCCUGCUCAGGUGAUAGGGUCAGUGACGUUUAGGGAUGUGGCCGUGUUCUUCAGCCAGGACGAGUGGUUGCACCUGGACUCUGCACAGAAAACCUUGUACCAGGAGGUGAUGCUGGAGAACUACAGCACCCUGGUCUCGCUGGGGAUUCCAUUUUCAAUGCCAAAGGUGAUCUGCCAGUUGCAACAAGGAGAAGACCCCUGUAUGGUGGAAGGAGAAGCCCUUCGAGACCCCUGCCUAGAUUUCAAGACAUGGCCUGAAAUAGAAGCUUUGCCUCCCAAACAGGAAGUUUCUAUAGAAGAGACCUCUCAGGGAAUAAUAAAGAAAAAAUCCAUUAAGUUUGGUCACUUUGACUUUAGGCUUGGAGAAGCUUUGGAAUUUGAGGGCAGGACACAAAAGGAUCAACAGAAAAAACCUCUUAGGCAAAUGGUGGCCUCACACAGGAAAGUCAUCAGUGGAGAAGGAAAUCAGACAAGUCUCGAGUUAGGAAAAGGCUUAUUUAUAAAUACAGUUCUUGUUAGACAGCAUAAUGUUACUAUAGAACGGAUACCCAACAUAUAUUAUACGUUUGGGAGAAAUUUUAAACAGAAUUUUGAUGUAAUGAGAUGUUUCCAGAUUUACCCAAGAGAAAAACCUUGUAUUUACAAUGUAUAUGGGAGAAGCUUCAACCAGAGUUUUCACCUUACUGAACACCAGAGAAUUCAUUCUGGUGAGAAACCUUACAGAUGUAACGAGUGUGGGAAAACCUUCAGCCAUAGAUCAUCCCUUCUUGCCCAUCAGAGAAUUCAUACUGGAGAGAAACCUUACAAGUGUAAUGAAUGUGAGAAAGCAUUUAGCAGCAGUUCGACCCUUAUCAAGCAUCUGAGAGUACAUACUGGAGAGAAACCCUAUCAAUGUAAGGAAUGUGGUAAAGCCUUUAGCCAGUGUUCAACCCUCACUGUACAUCAGAGAAUUCAUACUGGAGAGAAACUCUAUAAAUGUGGUGAAUGUGAGAAGGCCUUCAAUUGUCGAGCAAAACUUCAUAGACAUCAGCGAAUCCAUACAGGUGAGAAACCCUAUAAAUGUAAUGAAUGUGGAAAGAAUUACAGCCAGUUUACAUCCCUGGCUGAACAUCAGAGGCUUCAUACUGGAGAACAACUGUGUAAAUGCUUGGAGUGUGGGAGGACCUUCACACGCAUCUCAACCCUUAUUGAACAUCAGCGGAUUCAUACUGGACAAAAACCCUAUCAAUGUAAGGAAUGUGGGAAAACCUUCAACCAGUAUUCAUCCUUUAAUGAGCAUCGGAAGAUUCAUACUGGGGAAAAACUUUACAGGUGUGGAGAGUGUGGGAAAGCUUUCGGUUGCAAAUCCAACCUUUAUAGGCAUCAGAGGAUUCAUACUGGAGAGAAACCCUAUCAGUGUAAUCAGUGUGGAAAGGCUUUCAGCCAGUAUUCAUUCCUAACUGAACAUGAGAGGAUACAUACUGGAGAGAAACUCUAUAAAUGUAUGGAGUGUGGGAAAGCCUACAGUUACAGGUCAAACCUUUGUAGACACAAGAAAGUUCACAAUAAAGAAAAACUCUAUAAAUGGAAGGAAUAUGGGAUCAGAGAUUUCUUAGAGGAGAUAAGCCCUGUGAGGUUUAAUUCAUCUCUCAAAUAAUUUAGGAGUUCUCUUUGGAGAAUAAUCAGAAUAAUAGGGCAUAGACUUCUGAGAAAUUAUUUUAUUUGCUUCUCUUGGAGGAAAUGUGCUACUUACCAUUAAAUAAUGGUAAAAUUGAACAGUGAAUAUUAAAAGCAUUGACUUGUCAAAUUUUAUAAGAACCAGUAAAUUCUAAGGUUUCUAAAAACACAAAAAAUUUAAAUUCAUAGAAAAAUAUAAAAGGUCUAACUUAAAAAACAUAAAAAUAAUGGAAUGUAAGUUUUGUUUCUUUCAUUAGACUUUAUUUCCUUUCUACGAGUAAGCUUCAAUAUGAAUUUUCUUUUAAACUGUUAUUGAAUGGAGCUCCUGCUGUGGCACAGUGGGUUAAGAAUUCAACUGCAGUGGCUUGGGUCACUAUGGAGCCGUGGGUUCAACCCCUAGCCCAGUACAGUGGGUUAAAGGACCCGGCUUUGCCGCAGCUGUGGCUUGGAUUCAGUCCCUGGCCCAGGACCUUCUAUAUGCUGCAGGUGCACUAAAAACAAAAACAAAAAACCCAAAACAAAAAAAUAGUCAUUGAGUUAUUAAUAAUGUGAAUAAGUGUGGGGCCUUAUUUUCUAAAAUGGCAGACAGGCAUAAGAUAUGCUGUCAUUCAUAAAGAUAAGCAAAAGAUAAAAAGGAAUUUUAAAAAUUAUUUUCACAUGGAAAUAAGCUCACUUUUUAUGAACUGCCUCACCAGCGAUUUAUAUUAAUAAAUACGCAUAUGUACACGUGUGUGUGUAUUAUACAUCCACAGAGCUUUGGACUAUAUAUUUUUUUCAAAAGUCUGAUGAUUAAAAAAAAUGUGGUUUUAUUAAUUUAGAAUUUAGUUUUGAAAAUUUUACCCAGCGAUGUCUCUCCUUUUCCUUUCUUAGAUUAUUUAACUUGAUAUGACUCUACAUUACUGAAUAGAGUCACAGAGUUUUAUAGAAGUUGGAGUAAACCGAAGCACGUGGAGAGACUGUCAGGCAAAUAUUCUUAUCUGUUGAAGGAAGAAUAUAUUUCCAGAAUCUCACUCUACAUCUGGUAGUGCAUUAGAGCCAGGAGAGAUUUUUUUUUGCGCUUUUUUUUUUUUUUUUUUAGAGCCACACCUGUGGCAUGCGGAAAUUCCCAGGCUCAGCGUCAAAUCGGAGCUAUAGCUGCCGGCCUACACCACAGCCACAGCAACACCAGAUCCUAGCCACGUCUGUGACCUAAACCUCUCACGGCAAUGCCAGGUCCAUAACCCACUGAGUGAGGCCAGGGAUCAAACCUGCAACUUCUUGGUUACUAGUUGGGUCCAUUACCGCUGAGCCACAAUAGGAAUUCCAAGGAGAGGUUUUAAUUCAGUUAAUUUAUAGCCAUUCAUUUUACUAAUGAAGAAAUUGAGCUUAUUGAGUAGAGUCAAGACUAGAAGCUAGGUCUUCAGCUCUGUUUUUCUGUCAUAAUUUUAAGUUAAAAUCUAACCUCAAGUCCCAAAGCUAUGUAAGCUAGUUAGGCGCAAUUGUAUUAAUCAGUUUCUUUUUUAAGUUUGUCAGGGUCCCCCUGACUUUAAUCUUAAUAAUUGAUGUUCAGUCAUGUUUUUCCUUUUCUUUGUGUCUAUAAUUAUACCUGCUUUUAUAAUAACUAUAUAAAUCCUAAAACCCAGCUGAAGUCCCCAUGGUGAAAUUGCAUUUGGGGGUUUCACAUUCAAGGUUGCCUUUUUGUUUGUUACACAUCUUUUAGGAAUUCUUUUUUGUGUAAAGUGACAUAUGAAUGUUAUUAAACAUUCUAGUCAUAGUUUAAACUGGUUGUCCAAACAUUUUCCGUGUUAUUUAGAAAGACUUCAUUUUUUCCGCUAGGCCUACUUCCUCCUACUUUAUGUUUCACUUUCACAAUUGGUCUCGUUCAAAGAAUUUGUUCUAGUAAAAUUAGCUAUCUGAGGAAGAUUUUAGAAUUAAACUCAAGCAUUCAGCAUAGUAUAUUUUUGACUUGUCUUAGCUCAUUAGAAAGUGUCUUCUUAUAUAUAUUUAAGUACGUUUAUAAGGAAAAUACAGCUUUUAAACCUCCACAUUUAACAUUGUUACAGAGGUAACAUAUUUGAUCACCCAAUAGCAGUGACCAAGCUUAGUACCCAGAUUUUGGUUUCUAAGUGCCACUCCCCACGAAAAGGAACUAGGGCCCUUGGAGAAAUGGCUGAUUCCAUAUUUGGAGCAGGGAAAGUGUAAGAUGUGCCUGGAAUAUUUUUCUGUGAAACAAAGCAACAAAAAAGCACUCAAAAGACAGAAAUAAUGCCAAAAGGACACGGGCUAAUUUAAAGGUGCUCUCACUGGUCAAUUUUAGGACAAUUUGAAUAUCAAAAAGAAUAAUCACAUUAACCAGUUACAACAUGUUAAGUAAAAUAAAAUGAGAACAUAAUGAAAAGAGAAAAAGGAAAGCUCUUUAUAAACUUACUUGAAGGAUGCCAUCUUUUACAUCUUUUAAUUGUACAUGGAGUGAGAUCGGGAAACAUUACCAUUUUACAACUCUUAAUGUAAUUAAAUCAGGCACAUUCAAUAGGUGGUAAAACCUAUUAGGUGAGAAAGAAAUUAGGAACAUUCUUUACAUGGUGUUAAAAGAUCACUGAUACCAACUGCAAAAGAAAGAUAUGACUUUAUAAUGGACAAAUCGGGCUGUCAAACAGUUUUCUCUAUAGUUUCUCUGUAGUGGGACAACCUGACAUGUGACUCCUGAUGAGAUGCAGCAUGAAGCAUACAUGAUCAUCUGUGAUGUAUCCUUGCCAAAAAAGAUGUAACAAAAGUCUAAUUAAAUCUCUUAUCUAGACUUACCUUCCUGGUUACAAGAAAUAGAGGAACAAGUUGAAUUACACAGUGAGGAAUUGGACAAACCUAGCAGACAACUGGUCUGGACUUUUCAAAAAGCCAAAGUAAUAAGAAGUGGAGUCUUCUAGAUUAAGAUGCUCAAAAUAUAACCAAAUGGAAGAUGUGAUCCUUAAUUGGCAUCUGAUUCAGAAAAGACAAGCAUAAAGACAUAUGAGGGGAUACUUGGGGAAAUAGCAGGAUGGAAUGGGUAUUAGAUAGUGUGGUAUGUUUAAUAUUUCUAGAUGUGAUGAUGGUGAUGAGGUAUGAGGGACAAUGAAUGCCCUUAUUUUUAGGUGAUGCAUGCAAAAGUUUUUGUGUUUGAAAAGUCCUAAUGUUUGCGUAUUUUUAAAUAUGUCAAAAAUUAGUCAACUUUGUUGAAUCUUUGUGGAGGAAAUAGACAUGUUCAUUUUUCAUCAUUUAAACUUUAUGCUAAAAAUUUUAAUAAAAAUUUGAGGCAAAAUGAUUGAGAAAGUGAUGAAUAUGAAAAUUCCAAUCAGUAUUUUCCCUUUAUACUCAUAAACUUCCUACUCGAGAGUUUAUUCCAUAUGGAUCUAAUCAUUGGAAAAUAACUUGGUUCUGGUUCUACCUUAUGGAUAAAGCACACACCACUUUAUCUCCCAUUAAAUAUGACUGAAAAUCCUCGAGAAUGCAUGGAGCAGCUGCCUGAGGACCUUGAAAAGUAGUUGUAGCAGGCAGACUUGGAAGAAAACCAGAUUUUGAAGUGAGACAAACCUGGCACUCCCAGACAUUCCUGUGUUGAGGGCACUGGUGGUUGAGCAGACAUCUAAACCUCAGCGAGGAGAACCCUUACCUCUGGUCAGAGGAAUGGUGAGCCAAAAUGUCGGAAGAAUCCCCAUUGCUUUUCUUUCACUAUCUUUUUGCUACUUGGAGCUGGAGGUAGAUAUAUCUGUGAGGUGGGCAGCAGAGAAGAAAACCUAAAUCCUUGUCAUUUUAACCAGAAGACCAGAAAGAGGAUCAGGUGGCCCCUGAAAGCUGGAAUGUGUCAGGGUGGUGACAGAGAAUAGGAAACUCAGGGAAGUAAUCUCAUGGAGCUGUAUAUCUAAUCCCAGAUUCACCCCUGAUCUGGACCCAGAAUCUUGAGAUACUCAAAACAUACAAGCUGUAAAGUAGAAUUGCACGAAGUAUAAAAAUUGGGGAAAUUACAAUUAAUAAGGAAAAAGACAAGACGCACCGCCCCCAAAAUGAUGGAGAUGUUGGAAUUAUAAAGUAGUUAUAACAGUGUUUUAAAAUGUGUGACCAUUCUUGAAUGGAAACUUCAAAAUUCUCAGCAGGAGAAGAAAAUGUAUUAUAGGAAACAUGGAAAGUUCAGAACCAAAAAGUACAGUCACAACAUUUACACAAAAAAAAAAUCGUUGGACAGACUCAGUAGCAGAAUAGAGAUGACAAGAGAAGAUUUGGUCAACUGAAGAUAGGUUGACAUAUCCAAACUGAACUAGAAAGAAAAAAAAAAUCAUGAUUAUAUUGGUUGAUGGAGAAAGAUUUUUUUGACAAAAUUAUCCAUUUAUGAUAAAAACAAAAUUAGAAGUGAAAGAGAAAUUAACCUAAUAAAGGACAUCUACCCCAAACUGAACAACUAAUAUCAUACCUCAUGAAGAUCAACUGAAUGAUGUUAGGAUCAGGAACAAGUCAAUCCUGAAUGUCCAUUCUGAACAUUCCCAUCCAGCCUUAUUUUGGAAGUCCUUGCUAACGCAAUGGUCUCUAUUCAAAGAUGACAUGAUUUUCCACUUAGAAAAUCCCAAGGAAUCAACAGAAAAUCUUGUAGCAGUAAUGAGUUAACAAGGUCACAAGAUACUAGAUUAAUAUGCAAAAUAAUCUGUAUCUGUGUACUAGCAAUAAACAAUUAGCAGAUGAA